AGUGUACAAAAUGCUGUGCCCAUGGCAGUUUGCAUUCAAACCUCGUGUUGCUAAGAAUCAGUCCUCUGAAGAGAAGGAUAUCAAUAAUAACGUGGAGAAAGAUACAAAGUUCCAUGGCUUUGUGAAAGAUGAUGCCAAAUUACACAGUAUAAGCAAGAAGCAGAUAGAGAUGUCACCUGUAAUCACUUCAGCAGAGAAACCCCCACAAAAUGGUAUCAAAGCUUCAAACCAAAUAUCAACAUGUCCUAGACGUGUAAAAGUAAGGAACUUGGAAAACGGAUCCAGCCUUCUUGACACAUUACACCUGACAGCAAAGGAGGUUAUCAAUUGUCGGACCAAAGCUUGCCAAGGAGCACUCAUGACCCCAAAGAGCCUGGUGAGAGGCACUAGAGAUGGGCCAGUUCCUCCAGCAGAGCUUCUACCUCAGGCAAUAGACUUUGUCAAGCAGUACUACAGUUCAUUUAAAGAGUUAAAAAUAGAAGAGCACCUGGCCCGACUAGAAACAGUGACCAAAGAGAUAGAAACAACAGGAACCUACCAUCUGACAAAGGAUGAACUGAUCUUUGCUGCCAAACAGGCCUGGAGGAAUGCUCCAAGGUGUAUUGGGAGGAUUCAGUGGUCCAAUCUACAGGUAUUUGAUGCACGUGAUUGUAAAACAGCCAAGGAAAUGUUUGAAUAUAUCUGUCGCCAUAUUCAGUUUGCCACAAACAAUGGAAAUAUAAGAUCAGCCAUCACUAUCUUCCCUCAGAGGACUGAUGGGAAACAUGAUUUCCGUGUUUGGAACAGCCAGUUCAUCCGAUACGCUGGAUAUCAGAUGCCAGAUGGGUCUGUCAUAGGAGACCCUGCAAGUGUGGAGUUCACAAAGUUGUGCAUUGAGCUUGGGUGGAAGCCGAAGUAUGGCCGCUUUGAUGUAGUUCCACUCGUUCUCCAAGCAAACGGCCAAGAUCCAGAAAUAUUUGAAUACCCGCCAGAGAUUAUCCUUGAAGUGCCAAUGGAGCAUCCAAAAUAUGAAUGGUUUAAGGAGUUGGAUCUGAAGUGGUAUGCUCUGCCUGCGGUUGCCAACAUGCUCCUUGAGGUGGGAGGCCUGGAAUUCACUGCAUGUCCUUUCAAUGGCUGGUACAUGGGCACAGAGAUUGGAGUGCGAGACUUCUGUGACGUGCAGCGGUACAACAUCCUGAAGGAGGUUGGAAGAAGAAUGGGACUGGAAACCAACAAACUUGCAUCACUGUGGAAGGACCGAGCUGUUGUAGAGAUAAAUGUGGCUGUGCUUCAUAGCUUCCAGCAACAAAAUGUUACUAUCAUGGAUCAUCACUCAGCUGCUGAGUCCUUCAUGAAAUACAUGCAGAAUGAGUACCGUGUGCGAGGAGGCUGCCCAGCUGACUGGGUGUGGAUUGUGCCUCCUAUGUCAGGGAGCAUAACUCCUGUGUUCCACCAGGAGAUGUUGAACUACGUCCUCACUCCCUUCUUUUACUACCAGGUGGAUGCAUGGAAAACACACAUCUGGCAUGAUGAGAGCCGUCGGCCAAAGAAAAGAGAAAUAAAGUUGAGCAUUUUGGCCAAGGCUGUACUCUUUGCGUCACUGCUCCUGCGAAAAACAAUGGCAGCCAGGUCCAAGGUGACUGUGAUCUAUGCAACAGAGACUGGGAAAUCAGAAACAUUAGCCAGCAAUCUGUGCAGUUUGUUCAGCUGUGCCUUCAACACUAAGAUUCUGUGCAUGGAUGAGUACAACAUCAGUGACUUGGAAAAAGAAACUCUUCUUUUAGUGGUUACCAGCACUUUUGGAAAUGGAGAUUCUCCAAAUAAUGGAAAGGCAUUAAAGAACUCCUUGCUCACCAUGAAAUUGCUGAGAAAAAAAAUUAGAUACGCUGUGUUUGGCUUGGGGUCCACCAUGUAUCCUGAGUUCUGUGCCUUUGCUCAUGCCAUUGACCACAAACUGUCCCAACUGGGGGCUUUGCAGCUCACUCCAGUGGGUGAAGGAGAUGAACUCAAUGGUCAAGAAGAAGCCUUUCGCACAUGGGCAGUCACUGCGUUCAAGACUGCCUGUGACAUUUUUGAUAUCCGUGGGAAAACCAGUAUUCAGUUACCUGAGAUAUACACAUCAGAUGACAGCUGGAAUCCUAAGAAACACAGGAUAGUACAUGACUCUCAAACCAUGGACUUGACUAAAGCACUGGCAGACAUUCAUGGAAAGGAUAUAAUUCCCAUGAAGCUGAAAUUCAGACAGAAUCUUCAGAGUUUCAAAUCCAGUCGUGUUACCAUUCUAGUUAAGCUUUCCUGUGAGUCUAAUCAGGAAGUGCACUACCUGCCUGGAGAACAUAUUGGGAUUUUCCCAGGCAACCAGCCAGAAUUAGUCCACAGCCUCAUUGCACGUGUUAAGGAUGCCCCUCCAGCUGAUCAGAUUAUCAGACUUGAAACCUGUACUGAAGGUGGCUAUUGGGCAAGCCAGAAAAAGAUUCCAGCUUGCACUCUCUCCCAGGCUUUGACAUAUUUCCUUGAUAUCACUACUUCACCCUCCCAACAACUUCUAAAAAAACUCUCCCAGCUGGUAAGAGCGGAAGGAGACAAACAGAGACUGGAAGUUUUAUGUCAUAGCACAGAAGAAUACAAUAAAUGGAAGUUUUACAACAGCCCGAACAUCCUGGAGGUCCUGGAAGAGUUUCCUUCUGCUGAAGUCUCAACAGCUUUCUUACUGACUCAGCUGCCACUUCUGAAACCCAGAUACUACUCUGUCAGUUCCUCCUGUGACAUGACACCCAGAGAGAUUCAUCUGACAGUUGCUGUGGUAAACUACAGGACAAGAGAUGGACAAGGGCCAUUGCACCAUGGAGUCUGCAGCACGUGGCUGAACAAAAUAGCUCUCAAUGAAACAGUCCCUUGCUUUGUGCGCAGUGCUGAUGGAUUCCAGCUCCCAAAGGAGCCAGCCAAGCCGUGCAUUCUUAUUGGCCCAGGAACAGGAAUUGCUCCAUUCAGAAGUUUCUGGCAGCAGCGUCUCUAUGACUUGGAAAAGAAAGGGAUCAAAGCUGGUGACAUGAUAUUACUGUUUGGCUGCCGGCAGCCAGAUAUGGAUCAUAUCUACAAAGAAGAAGUUGAAGAAAUGAAGAGGAAAGGAGUUCUGAAAGAAGUUUUUACAGCUUACUCCAGGCAACCUGGUCAACCUAAAGUCUAUGUUCAAGAUAUUCUUCAAAAUGAGUUGGAAACCAAAGUAUGUAAUAUCUUGCAUAAAGAGGAAGGGCAUCUGUAUGUCUGUGGAGAUGUACGCAUGGCCAGAGAUGUUGCUCAGACUUUGAAGAAGAUGCUUGGAAAAAAUCUGGACUACACAGAGAAGCAGGCAGAAGAGUAUUUCUUCCAGCUAAAGAGCCAAAAGCGAUACCAUGAAGAUAUAUUUGGGGCUGUGUUCCCACAUGAAGUCAAAAGAACAUAAGAGAUUUGCAUCCCAUCAUUCCAGGCACGGACCAACAGUCUGUACGUGAUAUUUGCACAUUUGUUGUUGUUUUCAAAAAUCUAGGGAUCAAAUCCUCUUCUUUAUUCCAGCUAAAUGCUGCACAUCUGAUAGUAGGAUUUGACUUCUAAGCUUUAGCCUUAAGUAAGAAAAAUAUAAAAUUUAUCUUUUGUUGUUCUCAGAUUUCUUUUAAUAGAUUAAUAUUGAAGAUGCCAAUUAUUUUUUUAAUUCUAUCUAGGUUAGUAUAGGUCUGUCAUCUUUUGCAAAUACAAAACAUAUAAAACCUGGUCACCAGGAAAAUUUAGAGGUUUUUUUUGCUAUUAGUGACAUUUUUUAGUUUUUUGCUAUUGCAGGAAGUGAUUUUUUUGUUGGUUUUUUUUUUUUUUUUAAUGGACUAUUUAUCUGUUUGAAUUUAUUUAUAUUAUUGUUUUACUGUGCGUAUUAUCUUCAAAGUUGUGGCACUUGGAAAUGUCCAAAGAUUUGUUGUAUCUAAAGGAACUCUUGCAAAUGUGAUAAAAUACAACAGCUUAUGAGUGGAAAUACCUGCUGCUUACACUUACACUUCAAAUGCAUACAUGUGAGGAGGUAGCAGUUUGAUUUCUGCUCCCUGUAGUUCAGGUACACCAACCUGAAUUUUUGUUGUUACAGAGCCUACAGUAAUGAGGUUCAGAAAAUUCAAAAGCACUUUGUCCAUCUGAUUUUUAUGCUCUGACUUUACUUGAUUUGUUUGUAAUAAAAGAUACCUUUAUUAUUAAGACAAACAAAUUGGUGUAGUUUAAAUGUACUUCUGUGUCCUAUUAUCUUCAGCCUAAAAAAUUGCAGGUUGGUAGGUAAAUGUAGGGGAAGUGCUAGAACACAGCCUGAGCUGAUGAUUGAGGACCUGGUGAAGGGGGGGCAGGGAUGGUGGCCAGGAAGCGCAGGUGCAAGCAAUUUUUUGAGCUUCCCACCUGACCAGCAGGGGUCUGCCUCCCCUUGGGUUCAUUUAGAGCAAGCCUUCGAUGGGAGAAUGCUUCCUGGGUGGAGGCUGCGUCUUGAGGAGGUGUGUUUUAUAGCCAGAAGACCCUCUUAACCAGUUGGGAGCUGGAAUCCAGUGAAGGAUUUGACACUCAAAAGUCAACAGUGUCACGUAUGUGCGGUGUGUUCCACGUGUUCUUCAGGACAGCUUUAAACAUAAGAUGAGAAACGCAGCGUAGUUGAAAGGCUGUGGGCAGUGAUGAUGGAGAACAGGAAGUGUGGGACAGCAGAGACAGAGAGAGGACAGAGGAGGUUCAUAGCAAGUAUGUGGAUGUUAUUUCAUGCUCUAACACAUUCUUUGCUUCUGAAGUUUUGAGGUGAGGUGCAGAACGAGGUAACUUCCAUCUCCAUUUAGAAAGCUCUCAAUAAGCCCAGGAUUCUCUGAGCUCUGGGCUUCAAAUAAGUCCAACAUAGGCAACAGAAGUAAGUUCUAUAUUUUAAAGUGUUAGUGUGUGCCUUGUGCUUUCAGGAGGAGUAUUGCAGCACAAUGCAUUUGCUAUGUGUUUAACAAAAUAGAUGCAUUUUCUUGCCAAGAGUACUGGUGAAGUGGUCCCCUCUGGCUUUAGGGUUUAAAAUGCAAUUGAGUGUUACAUCACAGCUGUCUGGAGCUCUGAAUGGUCUCUGUGCUUGAGUUUGUCUUCACUGAGAUGGGAAUACUUGUUGACUGAGGAAAGGAGGGAGGGAAGCUUCUGUUGCUUUUCAGGGAAAAGAUUCUUGGACUAUUCACUGAUGAAAGACAAAUGCUUUAAAAACAAAAAGAACUUCAAAAUCUUGACUAAGAUAUAAACAAAUAUAACAAAAAUGCACAAGUCAUA